AUCGAAGUACCGGAAGAAAAGAGCCGGUGCCAGGUCACAAUAGAGCGCCGCGCAGCCGCUCCUCUCUUCUUCGUUUCACCGUUGGAAACCGUCGGUGGGCUCCCUGAGCCCACCCUCUCAUCGGUCAAACUGGCGAGCGCGUUAACCGCUGGUAUGAACCCCCACCAUCCGGGCCAUUCUGCAGCCUACCCCCACCAUCCUUCGCUCUCGAGCAGUCCGCAUCAUCCGGGGCCCGGCGGGCCGCAUCACGCAUAUGGGACCGGUGGAGGUGGCGGAGGUGGUGGCGGCGGCGGCGGUGGCGGCGGUACCACAACCACCCCCGACUUACCAAGUCCACAUUCACCUCAGCACACUGGUGGUGCCGGCAAUCCUGCCACCCCCUACGGCGCCCUACAACCCGGACAGAGCAUGGGCAGCAACGGCCAUCAUCACAGCGGUGGUGGCAUGAUGCCGGAUCAUCCACAUCAUCCUGGACACCCCCAUCCCCACAUGCCAGGACAUCCCGCGUAUCCACCGGUUAACCACAACAAUAAUUGCACGCUCAAGCAAGGUGUCCCAAGCGGGUCAACGGAGCUUCGGACUUGCGCCGCCUGCGGUGUACAAAUAAUGGAAAGAUGGCUGUUGCAUGCGGUUGACCAGUACUGGCACAUUGGCUGUCUCAAAUGCGCGUAUUGCAACGUGGUAUUGGGAGAAAUCGGCCAGACUUGCUACCUCAAAAGCGGCAUGAUCCUCUGCAAAACCGACUAUAGACGAAUGUUCGGUUGCAGCGGCAUCUGCAGUAGUUGCGGCACCACAAUACCCGCGAGCGAGCUGGUCAUGAGAUCCGGCGACGCGGUGUUUCAUCUGAAAUGCUUCACCUGCAACAAGUGCGGUGGUCAGCUCGUCUCUGGUGACAGAUACUACCUAUUGUCAGGCUCGCCGGUAUGCGAAAACGAUUGGCACAAGCUCGUGAAAUCGUCGAGCGUCGCGGCGGUAGCGACCACGGCAGCUGGAAAUAGCGGCGCGCCUGUUAGGAAAGGUAAGGUCGGCAGGCCUCGAAGAAGCCGCGAAUGAGGCGGCAACCCGGUCGGUCGCCCGAAGAAGGUGCAACCCUCUCCGCAGCCGACGCCCCCCGUCGUACCUUCGCCUCAGGUAGAUGUAGUGGACGUCGCCGUCGGGGUGGAUCCCUAUUCGCCGCCUCCGCCGGGUCAUCAGCACUAUCACCAAUACCAUCAUCACCAUCAUCACCAGAUGGCACUUGUGCAUCCGGGUCUGGCGGCCCAGCAAUCGCAUCUACAGGCGUCCAGUUAUCAAGACUGGUCGUCCUGGGCUCAGGAUACCUGCGAUUAGACCUGCCGUUCGCCACGGCAGGAUCGUAUCGCUCAAAGGACGUGACGAAGAACGGAGCCUACUUAUCUAACGUUGCGAGUCUAGGCUCCCUAGAGGGAUCGCGGAAAGAAGAGGAGAGGCACACGUAGAGCGUCCCUUGGGAGCCGCCGUCGUCGACUCUAUGGAGUCGGAGUGUCUCUGGACUCGGCGCCGUGAUAACGUGUUUGAACUUACCGCGGCAACUGAAUGUCUCUCGGAACACGCGGUGCCGCGAUGUUAAACGUAAUUGAACUCGCCGCGGAUACCGAGCGUUUCUGCGUCUCUGACGAUGUUGACGUGUCGAGUGCGUCCGAGCUUGGCGCGAAUCUCUGAAAAUCUCUGAACGUCUUUGAACUUGAAUAAUUCGGAAUCGUGAAUAUCUCUGGACUUGAAACACGGAUGUUCCUUCAAUUUUGUAAUGGAUAUGCGGGUUUCUUUGAUCCGACAUUGACGAACUGACAAGAUUCUUCGGAAAAGAAUUCGGUUCGCACUAAUGUCGAAAUAUUGCUUUCGCGAAAAUAAUAGUUCAAAAAUGUCCUGAAGCGUUAAGUUAAUUUAGCAAUUUAGAUAGAUUACUUUUUAGAAAAUGGGAUCCAAAUUUCUAUUCGAAAAUCUAAACUAUCUAUUGAAUCCACGACAAGUUGAGACGGCACUCGACAUCGAUCUGCAGAAACACUUUUACCACGAAUCCGUCGGUUCUCUUAAUAAUAAUCUUUGCUCAAUUGUAAAGAAUCGAAGAAAGUUUAAAGUACGACUCAUCGCGCAUCUACCAUCAGCCGCAGUAGUGACAUCAGUUCUCUUGUCUAAAAUCCUUUACGGUAAUCGCAUUGCGAUUCUCUCAACACGAGAUGUGGAAUGUAGAAUUCGUUGAAUGACAUCUGCAAUCAGCGCAAUAGAUAUCCUUUUACAUACUUGUGAAAUAUCGAAAUAGCUCCUCCGUCGACGUCAUUCCUAAGAUUAUUAUCAAAUUAUGCCGAUGUUCAAAUUUUUUACAUAUUUCCAUUUUAUUAAGAGAAUUUAUCCUAAUUCUUAUUACUAUUUUAAUUGCUCCUAAAUUUUCAUGAGAGCGUCCAUCGAUUCUUGCUCGUCGUUAUUUCGAAAGCGACACGCAUCUUGGAUCGGCGUCGCGUGCUAAAUUCGACACGUGCGAUCAACGAAGAUCUAAUCGCGCAAGAAAGACAGACGGCGAUCAGAAGGCAAGACAGAAAAAGAUAGAGAGAAAGAGAGAUAAUUCGAUGGCGAUCGAACGAGAGACGCGAAAUGAUGGCGGCGUGCAGUUCUGGACCCUUAGAAAAUUAUUUUUCUUUCAAAAUCACCGUUCUCCUGUCGAUCCGCCACCACGCUUCGUAAACUCAUUAGACGGCCCUUGUUCCCGCCGUCGUUAAUUGAGUGUCGAGGUGAGACGAACGACACGGAAUUAUCAUCCGAAUCCUUCUUGUUAGGCAUCCAUGCCUCCUCGCCUCUCCUCCCUUUCCUCUUCAUCGUUUCGCUCAUGCUAUCGUUCUAUCUACCUAUCUCUUUCUCACUUUCUCUCUCUCUCUCUCUCUCU